CGGUGAUGUACGGUUUCCGCUAAUAUUCAGCAGGCCCGGCUUUUUCAACAUUUCUCGAAAGCCCCCACCCCCUUUCUUCAAUUCUCUCGCCCGAACGGAGUUUGUUAAUAGGAAAAAGGCUUGGACAUGAUGCAAGGCUUUGGGAAAGCUCAUAGCUAGAGCAGCAACGCAAAACCCCUGCGGAGAAGGGAGCACAGCAGUACUCUUUUUGGGACUUGCGUACCUGUGAAUGCUGUAAUAUCUGUGAAUAGGAGGUCCUUGUCUUCUUCGGUUUGCAAAUUAUCGCAUAUAAACACUAAAACACUGUUUUUAAAUACUUUUAAAUACCGCGCAGAGGGUGAUGGGAAGUAAGGUAUCAUAUUGCUGAUUAUGCUGACAAAACAACCGUUGACCGAGAUAUUAUGUUGACCGAAACAACCGAAAUAUUGCAAUAUUUACAAGUAUAAGCUAUCACAGGUCACAUAUGCUGAUGAUACGCAGAUAUUUGCCUCGUCUGAUAAUUAUGAUGAACUGGUGGUACUAUUAAAUUCUGAUUUGAAAAAUAUUAGUAGAUGGCUCUCGGAUAACAAACUGCAACAUCAUACUACUAAAAAACUAGCAAAAUUAGUGACCUUUAAGAAUAAACCAUUAAAACUGUACAGAUCUUUUAAAUGUUUAGGAGUUGAGUUGGAUGAACACCUUAGUUGGGAAGUUCACAUUAAUGCAAUCUGUAAAAAGGUUGAUGCAGGGAUAGGAGUUUUAAAACGAACAAAACCAUUUGUCACCAAUGAAACCCUGCACCUCAUCUAUAGGCGUUAAUUCUGCCAUACUUUGAUUAUUGCUCCCCUUUGUGGGAUAAUUGCGGAAUUGUACUAAAAGAAAAACUACAGAGAUUCCAAAUUAGAGCUGCAAGGGUGUUGACGGGAGCAAGUUAUGAUACAAACUUCUCUGAGCUCCUUGAACGGCUUAACUGGAAAAAUCUUGAAAACAGAUUUAGAUUUAAUAAAGUGGUCCUGGUAUGCAACAUUCUUACUGAAUAAUGGUACUGCCCCCUGUCUUCGAGAAUUCUUUUCUGCACGAAGCAAUAAUGAUAAUGAUAAUGACUAUCAUCUCAGAAAUUAUGAUACAGAUCUCUCAAUUCCAAAACCUACGAAAAACUUUCUUAAAAGAAGCUUUAGGUAUUGUGGAGCUGUAAUGUGGAAUAGUCUUUAUGCUGAGGUUAAAUCUACUCAUUCGAUUCAUUGUUUCAAAAUUCUUAUUUGAAUCUUGCUUUUAAUUGUUAUUGCAUUUGUAACUACACAUUAUUUUCAGGAUAAUAUUCUCUUUGGGUCUGUGGGUUGAUUAGUUUUUUUCUUAAUUUUUAUAUACUUGUAAAUAGCUAAAUAGACGCCCCUCAUGAAAACCAGCCGUAUAGCUGAUGAGGAUAGCUUCUCAAAAGAAAUUAAAUACAAUACAUACAAUCACUUCGUGUUUACACGGCCACCAUUUAUAUUUUUCAGCAUAAUCAGCAAUAUGAUACCUUACUUCUCAUCACCCCUUGCACGCAUGAACUUAAAAGGUGGAAUUGCCUAUUGCAUAAUUCCAUAAUUAUAUUUAGAAGUAGCCUGUGCCUAGCAACAGUUACUGUGCCUAGAAAUUUGCUACAGCGUCUGUCGAAAAAUUUUAACGGACAUGCACACAGUUUCACUCCCCUCUAUUAUGUAUUUUAAUUUUCGCGCGUAUAGAAUAAUUAUAUACAGCAGACGACCAUGUGAAAAUUAGCCUGCACAGAAGGCGCAUCAAAGGGCGAAAUUAUUUAUAAGAAAAUAUCACGAAAGUUAUGGCUGUGGUUAUGAUAUUUAAAACAGUGUUCUAGUUUUUAUAUGCAAAAUAGCAAACCAAAGCAGACAAAGACUACCUAUUCACGGAUUUUACAGGAUUUCCAGUCCACGCACGAAGCUCCUCGCAGCUCGCUGCGAGUGAUGCAUGAGCUCUUGCAUCCAAUCACAAUGCUAAGCAGUUAAUUUUUAUGAUGCAAGCACUCGCAGCGCGCUCUUGUGAGGACUGGAAAUCCGCCUUUACAGUUACACAAGUCUCGAAAAGAUAACUGCUGUGCUCCUUUGUACUGGAUAGGGCUGGCGCCUAUAUAUGAAAUGAUGUAAUUGUAUCAAAUUCUGCAACGAAGCGCCGGUGCAGCGCUGCAAUCUUCCAAGUGGUGCUUGUAGUGCCAAUCUGGUUUUGGAAAGCUGUCAUUGUAAUGUAAACACCAUCGUAGCAAUUUUCCGUUCAAUUCGUUAUUCAAGAUGGUGUCUAAAAUACAAACACUUUCUAUUCUAACCUAAUUCACAGGCAUAGUUCGCUCACUCUUUCAAAUGACGUCUGCGUGCAAUGUUUUUGGUUUUCGUAAAUAUAUAGAAGAAAACACGAAUUAGCCAUAGAAGGACGAAGCAUAAGCUAUUUGCAUAUGGGCCGUGACGUUUCGCGAACGAAGCAAAAACCGAUGCAAUUCAAGCAAACAUAGCUUUAAUUUACUGGCGAAGGUAUUGAAUAUCCGAGUGCCAUCUACUAUAAUUACGCUUUAGCAUUAGAUUUUCUGUUUUGCAGAUGUGCCCAGAAUAAAAACAAACAUCAUCGCUGAAUAUACGGAAAGUGUUUAUACGCUUUGUGGGCUUCGUUGUGCAGCAAACCGUUUCUGUGCUGCGAUUAACUUCAAGGAGAAAGUUGAAGGAAAUGAACACAAUUGCCAAUUAACUAAUUCUACUCAACCAACAUUUGACGAACAUUCCAGUAAAAAGGAGAAGGUUUGGACGUUUAGAAGGGUCCAUGUAGACAGAAGCAUGAUGGUAAGUAUUUGCACGCGGACCAAAGCUUUAUCAGACAAAAAACACGAGUGUUUUAUAUCUGAUAAAGCACGACUACAAGCGCUUUAAUUAAAUGACUUAUUAAAUACAGGUGAAAUAUAUAUUAAAUAAAACCACAUAUAGAUAAAAGUUGUCUAAGGCCAGAAAAUCAAAGCUAAAUUAUACAUAUAAAAUAUUUAUCACAUAUAAAAGUGAUUUCUUUGUCUUUUCUACAUGAAUUAUUAAUGAAUGUUUUAAAUUAAUUAACAUUCAAGCUUACCAUUUACUAACAUUAAUUAUGUUCUUGUAAAGAAUGCACUUUUCAGGUACUUAAUAAACUUGAGAAAUUUAUUUCACCAGCCCUAUGGUUACUAUUAGUUUUUCGUGACCACAGAAUGUGAUAAUUUGCAGGCAUCUUGCAGAGGAGAAGUGAAUGAAUGUCAUAAUGGCGGAACAAUGAUCUGGGAUCCAGUUAAACCUUUCAACUGUCUAUGUAAGGAAGGAUAUGAAGGAGAGUUGUGUGAAAAAGGUGUAGUAUAUUGAUUAGUCAUGAGACCAACACUUUCAAUAUGUUGCCUGAUCAAGACAUCUUUGGUUAAGGCGAUGUUAUACAUAACGAUUUCCAACGUCAAUUCGCAGCCACGAUUAAAAAAAAAAUAACUGACUUUGGUUUUUUAGAUGUCAACGAAUGUUCACAGCGCAUCCAUUUAUGUGAUGUUCAUGCGAAAUGCAGUAAUACUAAUGGUUCAUAUAACUGCUUCUGUCUCACUGGAUAUUCCGGGGAUGGAAAGAUUUGUACAGGUACUAUCGAUAGAAAGUUUGCCGGUUAACCGAGUCAAAUCCGAUUACGAGUCAAAUUCGAGCCUGCAUGAGUCACUGCUUAGUGAUCUUUGUAGUUCAAUGACCUAGUACUCUAAUCCUAACCCUACUCCAAACCUUAACCCCACUCCUAACGCACCCUAAAUUUAUUCGACUUUGAAUUUUAUUCAAUUUCGGUGUUUGUUCUUUAACCGAGUCAAAUCCGAGUCCGAAUCAAAUGUCCAAGUCACUGUUUAGCCGCCUCCGUCAGCCCAAAUCAAACUUAUUCUGCUGACGUGCAUGCAUUUUGACCAACUUUGAACCCUCUAAUGUUUUUUAUGUUUUCAGAUAUUGAUGAAUGCUAUGAAGGAAACUUCACUUGCCACCCAAAUGCAACUUGCAUCAAUACUCAAGGAUCAUACAAUUGUCAAUGUAAAGACGGAUAUGAGGGGUUUGGGAAAAAGAACUGCAAAGGUAUGAAGUUCCUUACGAAAGAAAAUAAUCUUUUUUUAGUCAAUCACAAAGGACAAAAAAUAGCGAAACUGAACCUAAAUUAUUUGCUGUAGCUUUAACGUCUAUACUUGCCACGUUUUAGAAAAAGUUACCCUUUUUAGAAUUUUGUGAUUUUCUCUAUUUAUCUUUUGCAUUCUGAACAUAACCCUAGCCCUAAACCUAACGCUAAAUUAACUAUAACCGUUAUUCUAUUCCUAAUAUAACCCUAAUCUUAAUCUUUAUCCUAACCCUUAUUGGAACCCUUUCCAUAAUCUAAACCCUAUUCCUAACCCCAAAAUCUAAAAAUAUUUACUGUUCUUAAGUCGUGUCUUUAUGCAUAUUAACAUCCUAACCAACCAUUAUCGUCACCAGUGGCGGAGCCAGCCCGAUGAUUUAGUCCCGCUACGCAAAUAUUGCCAUAUUUAUAAACUAUCAGCUCAAUUAAUUUCUAUAACAAUAAUAAAUUGAAAUUGGCAAGUGGGGACCAAAUCGUUGAGCUGGCUACGCCACUGACGGACACUUAUUCAACUAACUCGUAUUUUAAGAAAUGCAGCAGUUACGGCUAGAGCUAUAUCCUGGUUGCCAGAGGUUCUGCAUCUUUCGCCUUAUUCCCGCUCGUAUUUAUUUUACGCGAGGCGAAGAUAACCUCUGGUGGCACGCGAUACAAAUCUCUCUUCCAUGCUGACGUUGCCGUUUGAGAACUUGUAAAACCGGUUUUUUAUUUUGUGACGUUUUUAAACUUCCGGGUUUGUCAUACUUCCAAAAUAGCUCUCUUCAGACUGUUUGGCAGCCUUGUGUAAAAUUUUAAAAACAAGACGCUCCACGGAGCGUUAAGUCGCUGGGGCAAUGGAAAUAUGCAACUUUAACUACACGUGAUACCACUAAGAAGAGCGUGCUUGUUUUUCCGCCUGCGGGUAAUAUUCUUGACUUGCACGUCACCCACCAUGUCAGAUGGCAUGGCACAAAAGAAUAUUUUAUCACAGAAUAGAUAUACCAUGUCGUCAUGUCUAUUUUGUGAUUUUAUCGAUCGGAACAUUGUCUGGUGUGUACCAGGAGGAGAUUGGUUGCAAGUCAAGAAUAUAACGUUUUGCACCUGAAUUACUUUUGAUUUUCGGAAAUUGAAAUAUUUUACCAUUGCCGAUGACCUCACUUUAUAACUGGAGUGAAAUCUCUGUAAGAAACCCCAGUAAGUAGAAGAGAAUACAAUACCAGACAUAAACUACUUAUCUGUCUUUGCGAUGGGUAGCCUGCUCGCAUACGUAUUAAAUUUCGAUAUUUCAGUCUGCAUGGCCAUGGGCGUAGGAAGAUCGGUAUUUUUUUUUUUUGGUGGUGGGGGGCUCAUAUUCAUACGUUCAUAAAGCAAUCAAUUUCAAAAGAAGUAAAUGAUGCAGAACACGAAUAUAUGAAUAUGAGCCCCCCAAAAUAUCGAUCUUCCUACGCACAUGGCCAUGCAGACUGAACUAUCGAAAUAUAUUACGUAUGCGAGCAGGCUACCCAUAGCAAAGACAGAUAAAUAGUUUAUGUUUGGUAUUCUAUUCUAUUCUAUUCUACCUACUGGGGUAUUACUGCCUAUUCUAUUCUAUUCUAAUUCUACCUAUUCUAUUCUAUUCUAUUCUACCUACUGGGGUUUCUUUCGCUUUAAGAGAUUUCACUCCAGUUAUAAAGUGAGGUCACCGGCGAAGGUAAAGUAUUCCAAUUUCCGAAAAUGAAUUCCGAAAGUAAUUCAGGUGCAAAACGUUAUAUUAAUGACUUGCAACCAAUCUCCACCGUACCUGGUACACACCAGACAAUGUUCAUCGAUAAAAUCACAAAAUAGACAUGGUAUUUCUAUUAUGUGAUAAAUAUUCUUUUGUGCCAUGCCACCUGACAUGGCGGGUGACGUGCAAGUCAAGAAUAGAGAAAAUCAAAAAUCAGUCCAGUCCAGUCCAAUUGUCCAGUCCAGUCCAACUGCCCAGUCCAGUCCAACUGUCCAGUCCAGUUCAGUCCAGUCCAUGUUUUGUACUAUGCCUGACAACUUGCCAUAAUUAGUUCUGAUUGAAGGAAUACAAUAUGUAUUUUUAGAUGCUAAUCUUGAAAGCAUGAAAAAAUUGGCGAAAACAUCAGGAAGGUUAUUAGUAUAGAAGUCAUGCAUACACAAUAAAUUUGAAAAUAUAAUUAAAUCUGAAAGUUUCAAAAGGCCAAGAUUUUUAAAAAGAGGACUAGUAUGUUCAUCAUAUUUUGAAAAAGUCAUUACCCGCAUUGCCCGUUUUUGCAGUAAAACUAAUGGUUUCAGAGUUGAUUCAUAUGUGUUACCCCACAAUAUCAAUCCAUAUGUAAUAAAUGGAUAUAUUAGUGAAUAAUAUAGUUGAGUUAGCACUUGAGUUGAAACAUAAUAACGCAAUUUAGAUAAAAUACCUAUAUUUCUCUUAAUUUUUUUUUAAACGUUUUGUAUUUGUAUUUUCCAAUUUAAAUUGCAAUCAAUAUAAAUUCCCAAAUACCUUAUGCUACUUUCUUCCUUGAUAGCCACCUGGUUCAAAUAUAAGUUAGGACUAAAGCUGAUUCUCUUUUGAGAGCUACGAAAUAUAACAAAAUUUGUUUUUUCAAUGUUCAAACUCAAUUUAUUAGCAGCUAACCAUGCUGAUACCUUGAACAAAUGAACAUUUACUAAUACUUCUAGUUCCGAUAAAUUUUUAUUUGCACAAGAUAGAUUUGCAUCGUCCGCAAAUAUAUGAAAUUCAAAUAAAUCAGAACAGUUUUUGAAAUCAUUAAUAUAGAGAAGAAACAAUAUAGCCCUAACACACUACCUUGGGGUACACCACAAAUCAUAUUAUCCUCAGCUGAAUUAAUACCACCAAUAGUAACAAAUUGUUUUCUGUUAGACAAGUAUGAUUUAAACCAAUCAUUUACUAUUCGACGAACACCAUAGCACUCUAAUUUUUUAGUUAAAAUAAGGUGAUUUACAGUAUCAAAAGCUUUGCUUAGAUCUAGAAAAAUUUCACAAGAAUAACAUUUAUUCUCAAUAGCUUUUUGUAUCUUAUCUAUGAUAAGAGUUACUGCUUGUGUUGUGGAGUGUCCUGACCUACAACCAAAUUGGUUUUCAAAUAAUAUCUUUUUAUUCUCAACAUAUUUUAUCAAUCUUCCGUACAUUAACUUCUCUAAUAUUCGAUUAAAUACAGACAAUAGGGAAAUGGGCCUAUAGUUAUUAACACAGGUUUGCGAACCAUUUUCAAACACAGGAAUUACCUGAGCAAUUUUAAAUUUAUCUGGUACAGUCCCUGUAGAAAAUGAACAAUUGUACAAUAGCUCUAAUGGUUUGGCUAAACAGCUGUGCAAAGAUUUCAACAGACUAGAUGGAAUGAAUGGAUCUCUCCUUUAAAAACUAUCUUAAAUGUAAAUAUACCGAACUUGUUAAGUCAGUCUAUGAUGUUGAGUUAUCUUGUACGUGGUCACUGGUACGGGACUGUCCUUGCCACAGGAAAUAGUUAAGAGGGUUUUAAUGGGGGUCUUUGGGUGUCAGUUGUCAGCUAAAAUUUAAGCCAAUUGUCAGUUGUCAGUGCGAUAUAUUGCAAGCUGUCAGUAGUCAGUUACUGCAAAAUGCUGACUUAUAAUCUUUUUCAUCAUUUCUCAGUAGUCAGUUAGGAUAUUUUGUCAGUUGUCAGUCAAAAAUUCAGGCAAAUGUCUGUAGUCAGUUAACCCCAUUCAGACCCUCAGUUAAGUCAGUUUGUCGUGUUUGUAUAUUUGUCUGUCUCUGUCUGUAAUAUGUUUCUGUCUAUCAUGUAAAGGCUAGUCUCCAUUCGGGAGGGUCUUCAGGAUCGGGGUGGACUGGAAAGUUUUCAGUUUGUUUUGCGAGAUUUCGUUUGGAACCUCUGGUUUCGAACUAAAUGAAUUUAAUCAACACGAAUGACGUGGACGUCGUGAAUUUAACACAAUGAAAGCUCUCCCGCCGUUUCUGUUCAGCGGAGGAUCUUCCUGUGUGGAAGCUGGCCUUUACCUUUACAUGCAUGUUCAAUCUGUCUCUUAGUUUACUUGACACGCCCAGUUUUAGGAAAUAGAGCCACGUUUACUCAAAGUCUCUGAAGCGGUGACUAUUUUGAAUUUCGAGUUUAACUAUUCCAUUUAAUUUUUUGCUUGCCUGAAUCCUUUAGCGAGUUUGAGUUCGCGAUGUUCUAUUUGUUACCAUGAUUACUAUUUUGGAGGUGGGUGCCCUGCAUGGGACCUUUUAUAAGAGUCCCGUUCGUACCUUACCUUUUUGGAUCUACAUUUGAUAUCUAGGUUAUUUUAACUUAAUGUAGUAUUUGUUCUGUUAUAUUCUUUUGUUUGUUAAAAAUUGUGAAUAUCGAUCCAAAUAAAAUUUGUUAAAUAAAUAAAUUAAAUAAAUGCUGAAAGGACCUGUAGUUUUAGAUACAUUUAUUCUAGAGAUUUCCAGUUCUAUCUCAUAUGUAGUUACUGGGGACAAGAAAAAACUCUCCUGGAAUGAACAAUUCAUGUAAUCAAGAGGGUUAUUAUUAGAAACAGUCGAGUUUGCGGUGUUUAUACCUAUUCUAGAAAAGUACUUAUUAAAUACAUCAGCCAUUUGUUUAGUAUCACUAACUUCUAUAUUAUCUUUAAUCAAUUUAGUUGGAAUACCUUGAGUAUUCUUUUCAUUUAUAUUGACUAUUUCUCUUAUUCCAGUCCAGAUCUUUUUUAGGUUAGAGAAAUUCUCCUUAAAAUAGUCAUGAUAAUACAUUUUCUUGCUUACUAUUAACAACUUGCUUAGCUUGUUUCGGUAUAUUUUAUAUUUGUAUGUAUGAUAUGUACUAUUACUAUUCAAAUGCUUCUUGAAUAAUUUAUUUUUUUCCUGAAUAGAUAACUUUAAUGCUGGGGAAAUCCAUGGCUUAUAGCUAAACUUAAUCUCUUUUCUAGUUAAUUUCUUUAAAGGAACAUGAUUAUCAAUCACCUCUGAAACCUUUGAAUAACAGCAGUCAAAGAUUUCAUUCACAUCAUUAGUUUGUGGCAGAACUAUAUCCCAAUUUAUCGAUGUAACUUCGUCCACAAGAGCAGUUUUGUUAAAAUUAGUGUAAUCUCUCUUAUAAAUUUUUGUUUUCGCAUUCACUUUAAAACUUUUAUUAAUUAUUAAAAAAUUUGGAAAAUGAUCCGAUAAGUCAGAUAAAAUAUCUCCACUUGUAGUGUGGUAGUCAAGUGAAUUAAUAAAAAUAUUGUCAAUUAAUUAAAGUUGCAGUAUGAUCAGUUAUUCUUGUAGGUUGGAUAAUUUGUGGGUGGAAAAAUAUGAGCUCAAUACUGUUAACAAAAUUUUUAGUUGAUACAUGUGUUUCAUAAUUUAAUAAAUUAAUAUUCAAAUCUCCUGGAAUGAUACAUAACUUGUUUUCAUUUUGAAUUUUAUCUAGUAUUGAGUAAAUGCAGUUUGUAAAUACUUCUAGAUUUGCUUUCGGAUGUCUAUAUAAAACACUACAGAUUAUAUUUUGACCUUUGCUUUCAAUAUCAAUCCACAGUGCUUCAAACUCAUUUUUGGAGAUACUUAAAUCAUUUCUAGGAACAUAGCUCAAAUCGUCUUUCACAAAUAAACCAACUCCUCCUGCAUUUGUAAUAGAGGAUUGCGAUAAAAACGUAUAUCCACACAGAUUUAUAUUCACUAAACUAUCUAUCUGUUGUUUGAUUCUAGUUUCAGUAAGUCCAAUAACAGAAAAAGGGUAUUUAAGAUCAUUAAAUAGAAGAGAAACUUUAUCAAUAUUAGCUGCAAGACUUCUAAUAUUGCAAUGUAAUACUCCAAAAGAUUUUUUGGUUGAUAAAUCUAAAAUAUCUUGAUUAUUUAAGAACUCUUCUCCAGAAUAAUAAUUAAAGUUAAUUUGGCUAGGUAAGUGUUGAUCAAUGUCAGCUAAUCUAAGAGAUGGUAUUUUGGUAAGAGCCGACACCAGAUCAAAACAUGGUAAAUUAUCAAGUCUUAAAUUAUUCACACUCAUAGUUUAUAUCAAUCUUACACACAACAAUUAUAGAAAAAUAGUCCAUGAAUGUUAAGAAUGAUAGACACACAUGAAGACGAUAUACAUAGAGAUAAUAACUUAUCUGUGUAGUCUCUCCAAAAGCUGCAGAUUAUCAACAAGAAUAGCAGGGCUGUCAUUGUCCUUUCGUAAAUAAAUUCGACCAUUUCGAGUCCAGAGAUAUCGAUAUUUCAUGUCUCGUUUCUUUUUUAGACAAGAUUUAAAGAGUUCUUUGCGUUUCUUUGUGAGACUUUCUGCCAUAUAAAUCUUAGAAUCUCUGUAUCUGGUAUAGCCAAGGUCUCUUGUGCUAAUAUCCUUCAACAUUGAUCUUGCUAAAUAUAGUUUAUCUCUUAUGUCACGUCUUACAAAUUUAACAAUAAUGGCCGGUGCCAUAUAAUUACCAGAACUUGCAGAAUUGUUGGAUUGUGUAUUUGCAAGUCGAUGACUCACAAAAAUAUCUUCUUCCUUUACUUGCACUCCGAUCUUUGAGGCCAAUUUUAUCACAAUAGCAUUCGUAUCUUCAUCAGUGGUAAUAGAAAUGCCACUAAUUUCGAGGCAUUCACGUCGGCCAUAUUGCUUCAAUUCAUCUUGCACAUCUUUUAAGAUUUUAUUGUCUUCCUCCAGCUUAACAAGUUCGUGUUGUAAAAAUGUGUUUUCAGAUUUUAGAACCUUAUCGCUUUCUUCUAAUUUUAUAACCUUCUCAUUCUAUUCAUCAUAUUUCCCGCUAAGGAAUGUUAAAGAGCUGAUAGCUUCGUCAACUCUUAAUGAUUACUAUUAAUGAUUAUUACUAAUAAUUAUUACUAUUAAUAAUUAUCUAUUAAUGAUUACUAAUCUACAUACCAAUGUGCAGUAUGAAUUAAGGCGGCGAACUGGAAUAAUAAUAUAUGUUCUUGUGCCAAGAAAGAUUCCAAGUUACCUCCACACGAUAUCAGGAAAUUGAGUUCCUCCUUUUCAGCUUUUGGAAUAAAUAUACAUUUUGUCCCAAUGAACCUUUAUAAUCCUUCAAUGCUAUUUGAUAGGAAUAGGAUGUAGACUCGAAAGAAGCAGGCGAUGUCUGACUUUGAGUUUUAUUUAUGUAGAUCCAAAAGACCAAAAUAUUAUUACUGACUGGAAAGUUUAGAAAUUGCGCGCCGGAAAUUUCGAAAAUUCAAUAGUACAUAUAUAGAAAGUAUCAAAAUUGCGCGCCCGAUAUCACUCCGUCGCGCGAUACAAACUUUAAAUACUGAUAUAAAAUUAGGUAAAAAAAUCCACUUCCCUCCUCGAUAACAUAACAGUAAAACGUCGUAAUAACUUUUAGUGAAUUCUUAAUAUAUUUCUUCCAAAAACCCCGAAAGAAAAGACACGGCUGGACCAAAUAUAAUCAAUUGCAACUAAUUGCGAACUUUUGCACGCCAUUCCAUGGUCGCCAUUUUGGUUUUAAUUUCGUAAGAAUUACGUAAUUAAAAUGACGUAAUUUGUCAUUUUGUGGCGUACCAAAGGGCAAACCUAGAGUCUGUGGGCACCACAGGUGGCCCCACCGACUAAUAAGCAGCCCAAACAUAUAGAUUAUUCAUUAGAAACAAGUAGAUUAUUCUCGUAACGCACAAAGCAACCUUACUGAUUGUUAAAUUUGUGGAAUGCCGUUUGUAUUAGCGAACGUAUAAAAUCAAAAGUGAAAGAAUAUAAAUAUAAUAUAAAUAUUUAUAUAUGCGUGCAACGGAGCUAGUAUGUACGUUUCCUUUUAAACAAUAACAGACAACGAGAAAAUAUUGGCAAAGUAAAUCAUAUGAAUAAGUUAAACUAUUAAAGUCAAAGAAUUCCCAAAAUUUAAAACCUUGAACGAUAAGCAAGUGAACAUGCAACACUUCAUACUUUUAAUACAAAUAUUAAUACUUUAGUAGAGUGAACAUGUCAUGCCGUCAAGGCGUCAACUCAACUCAAGACAUGCCGCGAUGGCAGCUCUAGUCCAGCGCAGAAAAUCUUUUUAUAGCGGAACAAACUAAGUUAAUCUCAAAUAACACAGACAAAGUAAAGCAUUUUAAGAGCGGUUGUCUGUAAUAUUCAGGUAAGACGUGUAAAAUGAGAAAAUUCAUAAUCCUUCAAACUUUGUCAGAAUAUAGGCCUAUAUAAAGUAUUAAUGUUGUGAAAGUUUUAUUUCGAUCGGAUAAAUAUUGAAGGAGAGAGACGUCGAAAUUGGUUUUCCCAGGCCACUUUCGCUUUUUAGAGGUCAUUUUACGGUACUACCAAAAUCGCUCUAUUUUGCACGUUAGUGGGAAUAUUUCACAAAACAUGAUUUCGUUUUAUAAAUUAGAGAUAUUUAUUGAUUAGCAGACGAAAUUUAGAGACAUUUCUGUAAAAAGUGAAUAUUUUACAGAUUUUCUUAAUGUUUUUUAUUUUCGAACCUCUUUAUUAUAUGCCAUAUUAGGCAGCGAAUAUCUCCAUUGUUACAUCGAUUCAGACAAAAAAUUCAUAACCAGAUCAAAGAAAUAUGUUUUCCCUUGCUAUUGAUCAAAUAAAAUUUUUGGGCAACUUAGAAUUGAAUUUUUAACGAAUUUUUUCGUAACCCCUAUUUGACCGGAAUAACCGUAUGUUAAUAUAAUCAGCGUCGAGUCAUGUAGUUCAAGAAAUAACCAAACAGCUCGUCAAAAGCGUUUAUUUCUUCGAGUAAACAAGCCUAGGCCUAUAAAACUACCGUAGCUAAAGCUGUACGAUUGGCUGAAAGCAUUUAGGUCUAAAUCACACUGUUUACAGUCGCUUAUUGUUCAGCUAAUGCCCGAUACUCGAUAGCCGGUGCCGCUGAUUUGGCAGAUUUGGUUUCAAUUAUAUUUUAUCAGGGAUAUGCCGCGAAAAGUAUAGCGAGUAUAUUUUCUCUCCCCCUCCCAUAAACUCGUGUUCUCACAUAAAUAGUGCACACGCUUUUUGUAAAAAACAUAGGCCAUUUGCAAGGUCAUACGAUGCAAACGUCGCAUUGUUCUGACGUUUUUUUAGUCGUAUUUCCGGUUGGGUAGGUCACGCGAUUGUCUGAACAAAAAUAUAGACUAGCCAUACUAGGCCUUUCGCCGAAAAUAACUUCGACCCCUUCAAACAUAUCGUCUUUGUAAUAGUCUUGUUCGAAUCCCCCAUCAAAAACACUAUUUAGAGUGUUAUUUGCAAGCCUGUAUCUUCAAAUUUGCAUCUUUUAUCACGGUAUUUCCAUUUCUUGUCCGGCUGUGAGCUCGAGGCUCGAAGUAAUUUGAUAGUAUACGAUCGCAUUUGACUUUCAAACUCCCAUAAAUCGCUACAAUGUUAAUAAUGACUAUAACUAUCGUUCGGAAUUAGUUGAUCUUUUAUUUCUGAAUCGAAUGGUGGUAUUUCUGUCUUCAUAGGCAUAGCAUGUACUGAUCCGAAGAUAUGAAAUUUCUAGCCGUCAUUCGUCAACCUCUCGAGGACGACCUCGCAAAGAGUUUUAAUUUAAUUAAUAUUAAAGCUGGAUUCUUUCACCGUGAUGUCAUGCCAAAAGGUGUCUUUUCCAUUUGUUAAAAUUAAUUUAAAAAAGAUCCCGGCUCUAUAUAUUGAUUUGUGAUUUGGUAAUAUUAAUUACAGUUGUAUAUUUGAUUAUUUUGUUAGUGCUCAAUAAGUUUGAAUUUGUUCCGAGAAAACAGUCAAACUUCAGACCAAACUUCUACGCUGUUGCUUAUUUAGUAGUUCAAUUAAUUAACUGCCCAUCACUUUUAAAACAGCAAGAAGAUAAAGACAACGUAUACGGGUGAGUUAUCCAUGAAAUAAAUAGUUGGUUUACAAAAUGAAUUCCGUCUUUGUGGAUAAAAAUUAGUUAUAAAUAAUCUCUCCUGUAUGUGUUAAAUGCUACAUGUAGGGAUUUCCCCCGGUUAAAAAAUUCGGCCCCCUUCCUUUUCGGGGGCCCCCUCAAAAUGUUUUCUGGUAAAGCAAAAAUGUUACAGUAAAAUGUAAAGGGUGGUAGGGGGGUGGGUGGGUGGGGCGACGUUUUUUUGGGAAAAACGUUCCAAAAAUUAUUUUUGCGAUAAUGGGGGGUUCAAAAUACUUUUCAGACCUUUUUCGACCUCAAUUUUAGAACACGUUGCGCAAUUCCAGCAUUCCGGGGCGGCCUCUGGGAAAGUUCGGCCCCCUUUCAAGUUGACUUUUUUGGCCUGAGAACUGCCUGAGUGUUCUAGAUGUAUCAUCCAGAAAUGGUUGGAUAAAUGUAAUUGAAAUUGGACCAAAAGUAUAUGUCAGAUAACGCGUAACCACAAACAGCCAUACAAAAGAGAAGAAAUAUACCGGGGGAAAUCCCUACAGGUAGCUUAACACAAACAGGAGAGAUUAUUUAUAACUCAUUAAUUUUAUUCACGAAGACGGAAUUCAUUUUGUAAACCAACUAUUUAUUUCAUGGAUAACUCACACGUACACGUUGUCUUUAUCUUCUUGCUGUUUUAAAAGUGAUGGCCAGUUAAUAACUAACAGUGCGUAGAAGUUUGGUCUGAAGUUUGACUAAAGUUAUUGAGCAACAACAAAAUAAUCAAAUAUACAAGACAUACAACUGUAGUAAAUAUUACCAAAUCAUAAAUCAACAGCGGGUCGUUUUUAAAAAUAGAAAAGACACCUUUUGGCAUGACAUAACGGUGAAAGAAUCCAGCUUUAAUAUUAAUUAAAUUAACUAGUACUGUAAGUAAACGAAUUACAAUUUCAACGUAAAAUGACCGAUGUUUUUGACAAAAAGCGCGUGCACUAUUUAUGUUCGAAAAGUUAUAAGCACGACGAGUCGUGAAAGAACAGAUGUUUAUGGGAAGGGGAGAGAAAAUACACUUGCUAUACUUAUCGCGGCAUAUCCCCGAUAAAAUAUAAUUAAAACCAAAUCCGCCAAAUCAGCGGCGCCGGCUAUACAAUAUAUUAUAGGCAUUACCUGAACAAUAAGCGACUGUAAACAGUGUGAUUUAUACCUAAAUGCUUUCUGCCAAUCGUACAGCUUUAGCUAAGGUAGUUUUAUUGGCCUAGGCUUGUUUACUCGAAGAAGUAAACGCUUUUGACGAGCUCUUUGGUUAUUUAUAGAACUACAUGACUCGACGUUGAUUACAUAACAUACGGUUAUUCGGGUCAAAUAGGGGUUACGAAAAAAUUCGUCAAAAAUUCAAUUCUACGUUGCCCCAAAAUUUUAUUUGAUCAAUAGCAAGCAAAAACAUAUUUCUUUGACCUGGUUAUGAAUUUUUUGUCUGAUUCGAUGUAACAAUGGAGAUAUUCGCUGCCUAAUAUGACAUAUAAUAAAGAGGUUCAAAAAUAAAAAAUAUUAAGAAAAUCUGUAAAAUAUUCACUUUUUACAGAAAUGUCUCUAAAUUUCGUCUGCUACUCAAUAAAUAACUCUAAUUUAUAAAACGAAAUCAUAUUUCGUGAAAUAUUCCCAUUAACGUGCAAAAUAGAGCGAUUUUGGUAGUGCCGUAAAAUGACCUCUAAAAACCGAAAGUGGCCUGGGAAAACCAAUUUCGACGUCUCUCUCCUUCAAUAUUUAUCCGAUCGAAAUAAAACUUUCACAACAUUAAUACUUUAUAUAGGCCUAUAUUCUGACAAAGUUUGAAGGAUUUUGAAUUUUCUUAUUUUACACGCCUUACCUGACUAUUACAGACAACCGCUCUUAAACCCUUUAUGUGAUAAACUAUCAUUUUCGCUCGGUUGCGAACGUUCAGUUGUGAUUCUCAAUAAGGCAGUAGGUUGAUUGUCAAUGACAGGUAUGUAACAAUCGGCAUUGUUACAACUCUUUUGUCAAUUAUUCUCUGCCAUAAAAGAAACGUUGGUACCGCUAACAUCUAGUGAGGGAAAUAAGUUUGGUUCUGUCCGAAGAGAAGCUCUGGAGUCUUUAAACUCGGUAACUUAGCUUGAAGAUCGUUAAAUGUGCGGUUGUUGUGAUCUUGAUGUUCUUGUUUGGCUUUGUUUAGAAAUUGCCAACUUUGUACGACAUGAAUUAUAAUUGAAGGAGACGGACUUCUCAUAAAUGUGGUUAGGUUUAAUAUUGUUCGCUGUAUCUAAAUUUAUGCACAUAUUUGAGGCUCGCAGUUGGUCAUCAAUCUUUUCAACAGUACUAAUUUUACCCUAAAGGGAAGCUAUUGUUUCAUUAAGUUCGUCAACCUCAAUAUUUCUUUCUCUUACUAGCAAAGUAAGAUCCGAUUGAAGGUGAUUACUUUUUUCUUUUUCACAAGAAAGAUCAUGUUUAAGUUGGUUUAUAUUUGUGUGCCCGUCUACAAAUCUGCUAAUAACGGAGUCCAACUUAUUCUCAAAAUUCAUUUGCACGAUAACUAAUUCCAAUUUUACCCCUUCAAGUUCGGUGGCUAAAACUCUACAGCUACAACUGCAGUAAUAUAUUACUCAAUUGGAUCUGAUCCGUCUGAGAGAAAUUAUUAAUCAGUACAGGAGCCAAGCGGUGAUGAUUACUAAUCUGUUUUUGGAGUUUACUUUUAACCAGGCCAACAGUAUCAGUGACAGUAUUUACAAUCUUAUACCAGGUAUUAGGGCCACUGGGCGCGCUCGAUAUGGUUGACUGAGAGUGUUUAGUUUCAUCACACUCAAGCAAUUGUGACUUUGAUUUAAGAUGGCUCUCUUGCUUGCAAACGAAUAUACACCUAUCUCAUACUAAGUCACCGUCCUUGCCUUGAAAAAUCAGAGUAUUGUGUUUACCUUUGUACCAAGUGAGCACCAAGUCAGCAUUCGUGCUAGUAAUUUUUUUCGUUUGGCCUCCAGGUGACGACCAUUUCCCUUCGAGGCCGCAAACUUGACAUACAAUUCGUUCCAGAUCAUCAAGCCAUUUUAGGCGUACUCCAUCAUAAGACAUAUUAGACAAUUCCGUGCAGCUAUCGCAAGUGAUCGAGAAAGGAAUUCAAUCUAUGAUUUUGAUAUAUGGACAAAUAGCAAUAGUGUUAGUGUUUCCAUGGAAAAUAUGUCGUUUAAUCUUUUGCACUUUUAUUGUCUAAUUUCACAAUAAAUCGACAAUAUCUUUAUUUUCCUUCGGUGAAUUUUUCAUAAAUUUGUUUAAAGAUUUAUAAAUCUAUAAAGGAAUAACAUAUCAAAAUUUAAAGGAAAUUUAUAAAUACGUUUUCGAGAUAUUCAUGAAGGCCGGUUAUAGAAAUAGUUAUUUGUAGAAUUUCUCGAAAGUUAGAUAUGUUUUACCACUUGCCUUUUACGACACAAUAUACAGUUUAAAAAAUUGACGAAAGGAAACACGAGAAAAUUACCAUUAAAAUCGGCGCGACCAGGCGCUAAUGCGAAAAAAGUCGAUUCGACAUGAGCACGAUCUGCGCGUGCGCGUACUAUAUCAUGCGUGAACAACACGAAACGCGUGUGGCAAAGUAAAGUGAAGCCCUGGUCAAUCGAGGAUGAGAGUUGACAAGAGUUGAUUAUGCAACAAAUAUUUAUGAAUAUGAAUAUUUCACGCAAUUUCAUUGGUCGAGAGCCAUGAUUCGCACGAUAAUCCACACAAACAAUCAUAUUGCGUGAUUUGUAUACUGUAGAUCAUCGAAACGUCAGAUGGCGUGUUUUGUUGUUUUCAAUGCCCCGAAAUUUGGCGGGAAUUUGACAGAAGCUUUUUACUUCAAUUUUCGCGCUAAACAAGGUUGAUUUUCUGUAUUUUUUAUUUUAUAAAACCAAUAGAUAACAUUUUGUCUGUUCAGUUAUAGAUGCACAGUGGACGUCAUAACGUGGUAAGAACAUCAGUGACCCACUCGGUCCGGCGGCUCGUGAGACACUUUCAGUUUGUUCUUACCACGUUAUGACGUUAUCUGUGCAUAUAUAACUGAACAGACAAAGGCAAAAUGUUAUCUAUUUGUUAAUGAGAAUUGCCACUCUCGCUCGCGUUUGACCGCCAACUCUCAUCGACUCUCAUGCAUUUUUAUCAACUCUCAUUAACUUUGAACUGGUUCAAAUUUUAAUGAGAGUUGAUGAGAGUCUUUGCAACGCGCGCAGUAUUAUUCAGUUAACUCUCAUCAACUCCCAUGCAACUCGUUUGAACGGGGCAAAAAAGUUGAGGUAACUCUCAAUAAUGCAAACUCUCGUUUCUCAACUCCUCGUUUGACCCGGGCUUAAUAUUCAUUUUGAGCUUUUGGCUUACAAAUUAAGAUCAAACAGACAUUUUUCUAUUUAUUUAAGAUGAAAAUAAAUAUAACGCUCAAAAUUCAAAAAAAUGGAAAUACUACAAUGCAUUGAAAUAAUCCAGCGCUUCUUAUAUGAGGUUACAGAACACCCUUUUGGGCGUUUUUCGGAAAAUCGCUACUGCGCGCUUAAUAUCAGUCGGAUUUUCAUCAAAUUUUCACCAAAUGUAGCCAGUGCAUGUAAAAUGUGGUGAAGUUGUAAAAUUGACAAACAAUAAAAUAAUAUAAGAAUUAUUCAGGAAAAUCUUAAAUCGCGGUACCUUUACGCUUUUGAGUUAUGUUCCUGCUGGUUUUAAGACAUAUUUAUGAAACUGAAUAUCAUUUUUAUACAGUAAAAUAGUUGUUCUAAAAAAUUGUGUUCGGAAAUUUUUGUUUAUUUUGUCGUUCCGCUGAUAUGGCGAUUUCUUUGACGACUCCAAUAUAUUUCUGAAUCGUAUGAGUGAAUUGCUCCUUAUUAAUGAAAUAUCCAAAAUUAGAAAAAAGGCGAAUACAAUUUUGAAACUGACGUCUUUAGCUAUGUCCUGUUAGAAUUUGAGAAAAAUUCGUUAAAACCCGCAGGAGAACAACUCGUUUGAAAAUUACUAAUUGCCGUUAAAUUCUUCGGGAGAAAAUUGAUUUUGAAUAUUACAUUUUCAAUGUUUUUCUUAUUCAACCGAAAUGUAUUUUAUUAAAUUACUCUGCGAGUUUUCAACAUUUCUCGUUCAAACAUGGUCAGAAAGUAGAAGCAGUCUAAUGCUUUCAUGGAGACCAGUGAAAAAAAUUUAGGCAAAAUUAACACUCAAAGGUGUUCUGUAUAACCUUAAACUAGAAGUCUUGUUUUUCCACAAAACAACUCGUAACUGUCUUAAUUAUAAUUUUACUAUGUUCAUAAGAUAAAACAGUACAUCUGAAAUGAGUAGAAUGACAAGACUAACAUAGGGGACGUCCGUCGACGCUGCAUAAAAAUAGUGCGGGCUCGUGAGCUUUUUCCCGCAAAUUUUGCUUUUCGAUGUUUGGCGUACGAUUUCUAAGGAUGUUGAAGUUUACAGCAUUGUGAUUCACUGGUUUUUGAAAGCAUCCGGUUUUUUUUCGUUGGAACUUGCAGGCUAACUCUUCAACAAGCUAAUGACUGUUUUUAAAGCAAAGCAAUUGAAAGGAAAACUUAUAUUUUCAUACGAAAAAGAUGAGUGGCGAUAUUUAUGUUGGACUGUUUUGAGCAGAUGCUUCGAAGAACCUGAAAUGAUCGGACUUUGUAUGUCAAAAGUGUACUUGGAACAGCCGAACAAAGUGGUAAAUUUUGUUACUCGGUGUGUUGGGCAUCAUAAUUCACAUGAAUAGUACAAGCGGCGUUUAAACUGGCUAUGAAAUAUACUGAAUACUUCGUCGAGUUCUCUACCGCCAUGUGACCUGUAGUUUAAUGUGCCACGCGUCUUUGAAAGGGCUUUACUUGACUUUAAUUGACGUGUAAGGUAUAACUUAGGUAAGAAACCGGUCAUUAUUUGUGGCAGGGGUGGAGGCCGAAAAGAAAAUGGUGGGGUAACUGAAAAAUAAUACUUGCUUUAGGUGGGGUGGCCAAAAAAUCCUUGCAUGCAGAGGUGGGGUAAAAAAAUUAAUCAUAUUUUAAUCACACACAAUAUAAAAUAUACUACAAACAGAUUUUAAUAUGUGAUUAUUCUAAUUUUUUAAAUAAAAUAGUAUUGCUUUCCAAAAUGUUGAGAGAAACACCCACUCUCAACCCACUGUAAGGUGUCAUUUUAUUCAUUUACACACAAAAUCUCCAAAGACUCCAUAAGGGCUGCUUAUAUGGUGCAAGCCAGCCCUACAUGGGUACCAAAGCUGGGCCAAUUUUGGCGAGAUCCUGCCUUUGUUGUUAAUUCAUAUUAAAGUUUACCUUGUGUAUAUAUGGGUAAAGAACAGGCCCACCUAAGCGAGAUCCCGCCCUUUAGCCCGAGAUCUUGCUGAAGCUGGGCCAAAAUUCGCCUCAGAAAAGUGAGCUACUGUAGCCCCCAAGUCCGGGCAUCCAGGCUCGCCCCCAUAUAAGCAUUCCCUUAUUAAAUAUCUCAAAAUAUAUAUAGAGUCUAUUAAAUUUUCAGGAUUUAAUUUUUGGGCAUCCACACUUGAUACUGUAUAACUAGCAGGUAGCAAAUCCUGAAAAUGCCUCAUGCCCCUCGUGAAUCCGCAGUAUCAUUUCAAUGGCUAGUUCAUAAUAUGUUCAGCUCUAACAUUGUUCUGAGUCUUUGGCUACUAGCUGUUUUUCUUUACUAGUAGACCAUUCAUGUAUACAUGUACAUGGAUAAACCGAGAAAAUAGGAGAAAUCUAUUUACCCUUUACAGAUUAAUUUAAUUGUUUAUAUAUAAUCAUACUUGGAAUUCGGAUGAUAUAUCAAGUUAUCUUCACACUGUAUAACAGCAACUUUUCCCCAUUAAUUUACAGGAACAUCAUUUCCUAAAUUCACAUAUUCUCACAUGGGACAUAUAUACUUUAGUAUCGUAAUUGUGUUGUUCACAAAUUAAAUUAUUUUAAAAAUGUAAUAAUUGAUUUCAUAAACUUUAAGAAUUCCGUGAGAAUUCUUAAGGAAUUCCUUUAAAAUUCCGUGAUAAUUACAUGUGAUUGUGUAUAGUAAGGAAAUUUUAAAGGAAUUUCAGAGGAAAUUUUGGAAUUUAGAUAUUUACAAUCAUAGGAUUCUGUGUACUCUGGGUUCCAGAGCCUUCAGUAAUUUCAGUAAAUAAUAAAUUGAAACUUACUGAAGGCUCUGGAAUCCAGGGUAGAUUCUGUGAGACUGUUUCAAAAUAAAAUUGCAUUUUAAUUACUAAAGAAAUGCCAGAAUGUGAAAGAAACCAAAUUGUAUAUACAGUGAAACUUUAAAGUGGGAAAGAGAUAGGGUGGUGCGAUACGGUUAGUGUUUUAAAAUUAAUCUUGAAAUAUAUGCUGCACAGACUUUACAUGUAUAUCAGUGGUUGUUAAUAUAUGUUUAUGGGACUAGUAUUGCACUAUCUCGUGAAAAGGGAAAAUAGCGUUGAAUACAAACUAUAAAACCCAAUCAUAUUUCAAUUUAACAAGUAUGUAAAAAUUAGAGAAGUAAACUAGCGAAGUAUCCCAAUAUUAAAUGGCCAACUUCCAAGACUUCAGCAUUCACUGAUCCAAACCCCCAUGGCCUCAUAACAUGUCUUAAUAUGAGUGAGCAAUAUAACUUCCAUCUGAAUCCUCAGUCCAGAAAUGUUAAAAUCCUUUAAUGCAUUUGCAUUUCCCUACGGGCCCACCCCAAGGCUUAUAACAUAAAUUAUAUUAUUUUUAUUAACUACACAAAUGACAAGUCUUAUUUUCAACAGACAAAUUUCUAACUAUAACUAUAAUAACUAUAAUUAUUUAUAUAGUACCUUGCAAUAGCUGUUAUCGUAAUUGAAUACGCCACGGCGGCAUACCGGCGGUAGCUCAGUGGAAGUACGCACGAAAACGAGGCUAAAGGGUCAAAAGACACAAAACAUGACCCUAUAGCCUCGCCUCGAUGUUAAAAUAAUGCAGAUACCGCUGGUCCGUAGCAUAGACGUGUUCAAUUACGAUAACAGCUAUUGUAGACUAACCCAUAUUAGUAUAAUUAUAUAGGUGAUUAUUCAAAAUUCUUCACGCUGAUUGGCUGCUGUUGAGGUGAUUAUUACGCGAUAAUCACCUAAGCGAUUCUCAAAAUGGCGGCCGAAGCCGUUUUGUCAAUUAAAUGACGAAGAAAUGUGUAUUUUUAAUUUUUUUCUAAAUAAUCACCUAUGAAAUUAUAGUACUAAAACAAUUAUUCACCUCAGGCUCGGUGAUUAUCGUGAAUAAAAACCUCGACUUCGUCUCGGUUUUUAUUCACCGAUAAUCACCUAGCCUCGCCUUCGGCGAAUAAUUGUUAAAUAAGGCACAAUGCUAACUAUAGCAUGCCCAACAUGACUGUCAAUGUGCUUUAUAAUUAAUUACGCCAAAGAAAUAAGGGGCAUUAAGGGAUACUGGUAAACAAGUAUGUUUACCAAUCAAUCCCAUUCCCUUUUAAUUAUAUUGGCCAUUGUGAUCAAAGCACCCUAUAAUGACGUUGCAACAAAAUAGGUUUAGGUGGGGUAAAUUUGUUUUCUAGCAUUCCACCGGUGGGGUAGCUAGAAAUUUUGUUUCGAAAAAGGUGGGGUAAUAAUUUUCUAUGGCUGCAUUAUACUUUCUCUUCGGCCCCCACCCCGGCCAUAAAUAAUAACCGGUCCCUAAGCCAACAAUUCUUUGUAAUGCAAGCUACAUUUUCAUAAUUAUCUUUAAUGCGUGAAUAUUUUUAAUUUUGUAAACAAUUAAGCGCAAUAUGUUGUUGUUGAAAGUAUUGAGUGCUUCAUAAUAACACUCAGAUCUUGUAUACAGAUAUUCGUAUUUUAUUCAAAAUCUACCCUUUAUCAACAGUAUUUUUUAUUCGUUUAUGUUAAAGUAUACAUAAUCCUUGACUUGAUAACACGAUGAUCCACUCGAUGAAAAUUGGGCAAAGGGGCGAUCUUUGCAGAGAAACUUGACCGUUGGGUGAAAUUGGUAGUUCAGAGACCCUAUUUUAAUUGUAGUAUUUCAUGACAAUUUGUUGGCCGAUUUCUAGUUUAUAAUAUUGUAGAACGGGUUCUUAGCGAAUUAAAUUAAUUGUAUAUCUUCUAACGAGUAGUAAUAAUCGCGAUCCCUUUUUGUUGAUGGAUGUUGAAAUCAUUUUAGACUUUUCUUCAUAUACAACAAGUACACUACCGAGUACUGAAUCACUGUUUGCAAAGAAACUAGCCUAUAUCACGUCCAUAAUUCCAGCUUAUUUUUAAAGUCAAAUAGUUUCUCCAUGGAUAAAAGUAGUUUUUAUGGAGUAAAAAAUAGGGCAAGUACGAAUUUAAAGAAGGUCAAUUUGCACUUGUAUAUCUCACUUCGGAAAAGAUAUACAUAUAAAACAGAUAUAUUUGUAAGGCGAAAUUGAACUGCUGCAACAAAGUUUUUAUUUCUACUUUCACGUUCUUAUUCCAAAGCAAACAAUUCUAAGUCGGAAAUGCCUAAAAUUGUGAGCGUAGAAACACUAAAGAAACAAGAAAAUGACUUCAUAACACGAGUAGUUUUGACAAAUCUGGUGUUUGUUUUUAGAAUUCAGUCACGCGAUCGACUCGCGCUCACGUGCACUCCACGCAUACGUUUCUCGCUCAUGCGUAGACGGAAGUCCCCUCUGUUGACAAGACUUACAUAGGUUUCGGUGACUGUUCAAGAGUGCCUUGAGCAGUGCUUCCACUUGCAAGAAUUUUUCCAUCCCACAACGAAAUAUUGGUCUUUGCAAGGAAAAUGCAAGGAAAUAAAUUUUAUACAAGGAAAUGGCAAGGAAAAAUACAGAAAUUGAAGGAAAUUGCAAGAAUUUUCUCUGAUGUGCAAAAUUUCUUGCAAAUAAUAUCUAGGAUUCUAAGAAUGCAAAAUGUUAUUUCCAUUUGAGGGCUUUCUGAGUGUCUAAAUAUUAAAAAAGAUUUCCGAGGAGCAUUCCCAAGAACUUCUCCACUCCUCAAAGUAGUUUUGGCACACAAUUUUUUUGCUGUUCUGUUUGCAUGCAUUUCACCUUGAAAUCGCGGGAAAUGGCCAUUUCAGACUUCAAAAAUUGAAAUAUCUCCGGGACAGCGUGCCCCCGGCCCCCUGGGAUGUGCUGGUCUUAGAGGAUAACUACUGAACUUUCCUAGAACGAAAUAGACUGCAUAGUGCACAAAUUAUGGUCACAAAUAUACCUUGUGGUACACUGGACUUGGCGAGGUUGGAGUAAUAAGCUUGCAAGGCUACAUUUUACUGUUUUGUAGUUGUACAUGUAUUAUAAUUUGGAAUUUUUGCAUGGAAUUUUAAUGAAAAUUUAGUAAUUUUGUCAAGGAAAUUUUCGGAAAAAAAGGAAAUUUUGGAGAUAGUUAAGGAUUUUUCAUUAGGCGGUUGUGGAAGCACUGGCCUUGUGACAGCAUUAAAAUGUCAUUGUAGUCCGUGACACUGUUGACUGUUGUUUAAAAUUUUGAGCGUUUUAAUAUAAAAGACAAUACUGGACAUAAAUAAAUAGGUUAAAAACAUGUUAACAACAUUCGUACACUUUGGAUUUUGAAACAUUUAGGAUUAUAAUGAAAAACUGUCGUUUUCUUUGUGGAUUAAAACUCAAUAACAAUUUCCCACGGCUUGUUUCAAGAAUUUACCUGGUCACGAAAUUUCCACGCGCGAGUCGCGAGGAUGACGCUGAUCUAUAUAUGAAUCAUGUUUAAACUGUAGGGAGCCACCUUAAAGUUUCAUGCAGUUUUGCAAUCUUCAAGCAAAGAAUUACAGAGUAAAGUACACAAGUAAGCCCUAUCUCUGCCGUAUAAAACAUGAUUUUCUUCUUCACAUCUAGACAUAUCACUGCAAGCAAACGACGCCAUGUUUGACAAACAAAAGUCUUUUCAUAAAGGCCAUCUUCUCCCAGUGGGUAUUUAUUCCUUCAGUGAGGAACAUGCUAAAUCAACUUUUACCUACACGAAUGCUGUUCCACAAUAUAGUACGUUUAACAGCGGCAUCUGGAGCAAUUAUGAGGGGUACAUACGGACAUACGCUAAAAAUAAAUGUGGACCAAACAGCGGCGGAGAUCUGUACUUAAUCACCGGUGUUACUAUGUUGGCUCGGGUCGGCGACCACAAAGUGGAAAAAAUAGUAAAAACGUCUGACUAUCUUAAAAACAAGAUACGAAUUCCCAGAUCAAUGUGGACAGUUGGCUGUUGUGUUGCAGCAGGUGGAGAAGUACUCGGUAACUUUGCAGUCAUUGGAAAUAAUCUCAAGAGUAAAAUUAGAGUUCAGAUGACCGAGUUGAAAGUAAAGAAACUUGAAGCAAUCAUUCUCGAAGACGUGCAAGCCUCUCCCUCUGGCAGUUCAGCAACAAGUAUCCAAUUAUUCCCUGGAAAAGCUCAAUGUUCAGACAACGGAAAACAAAUUGUAUUCAAGGCGGAGCAAACCAGAACCUUCAGACGAGUGCGAGAUGCCACGUACCAAAGAAAACAACCCUCUAAGAAAAUGACCCGCAUAUAG